UGCAUAACGUCAGGCCACAAGCAGCUGCUGCGAUGUGUUUUUUUGCGCGUGAAUUCUCACGUUAACCUCGAACGUACGAAUAAUGUCCAGGCCAAUUUUGCAUCAUGUUACGUAAAAUUUUGAAUAAAAAUUCUCUGAGCAAUGCUAUAAAUUUCGAACGUCAGCUGCAGUGUUUUUAUUGCGAGCGGAGGAGACGAAAGGGCGACGGCACGAAAACCGACAUAUUCGAGGAAAGGGCUGCGGCCUCGCAAGAGGAAUAUUUUCGUAAAAGAACUGCUCGGCAGUUGGAUAUUUUGCGGGAAAAACUGCGCAAGAUGAACGAAGAAGUAAAGACCACGAUUGAAGGAGUCGGCUCCGAAAAAGAUAAGGAAAAGGACAAGUAACACUCUUGAAAGCGCGCAAAUAAAAUUGACCGUCUUACGUGCAAUUAAGAUUUUCCUCGAGUAUUUGAAUAAUC